CAAAAUCCGCACCUCUGAUUAUGCUGUUCUUGUUAUUGUCAUCUUCAUAUUCCAAACCAAAACAUUUUUGUUCGAUGAUGAUGGUGAUGUUACAAAACCUUCUUACCACUACUGUUUUAAAACAAUAAUAUCGAUUCUCCUGAACCCAAUCGCAUCAUCCCCUUCACGUCCUCAUCGCCUGCAUCCUCUCCUGUGGCCCUCUAAGUAUCUGUCUUUCUUCCACCUUUCCCCAAGAAAACACAUUGUAUUUCGUUUUAAUUACCUUAGUAAUCACUCUCCCAUAAGAUCUGUUAGUGUAGAUCUGCAGCAACACAAUAGUUUCCUAUUAAGCGAGAUGCCAGGUUCAGAUGUUUAUAGACAAAGUGAUAUUCAACCGAAACCUCAGUUGAUGCCUUGCUUUCAAAAGGAAGUUCAAUCAUACAGUUCUUCAGGAUGCAUUGACGAACAUCUGGCUGAUCCUUUCAAGGAGGACAAUAUUAUGAACUCUUCAAUGAGUAGCCUUACAAGCCACAAAGAAACCACCACUAAAGCUGAUGAUACUAAUGCUGGCAAUGGAAAGGCUACAGUGUUGAUGUCAGACCAAACUGGAGAGGAACUCCCUUCUGUUUCAAUGAAUGUUUUUGAUGCCACUGCACGAGAGAAAGAAACUGAGAGGUUCGGAGAGUUCCUGCAGUGUUUGUCUGGAAAUGUUGAUGAUCAUGUCGAGUCUGAUAUAUUUGGGGGCACAUUUUUCGGAGAACAGCACCAUGAACUAUUUUCACCUCAGGCUGCAGGUGAUCAACAUGAUAAACUUGGUGCUAGUUUUCAGAUAUUUCCUGAAUUUUUGCAGAGAGAUGGGGCGUAUAAAUAUUCUAAAGAGAGUUUAGGAUCGCUAUCAAAAGAAUCUGUUAAGGAGGCUGAUCAGCGCCAUCGUGGCAUACGUAGACAUUUGCAUUUUGGGGCUGCAAUUUCAUGCAAACAUGCGGGUAAUGGGACUCAUGAGACAGCCAAUUUAUGCUUACCAGGCCGUCAGACAGACUUUGAGAGUUUGGUUCCACCUCAUGUUGAAACAAGAGGAAUCUCUGGCAUUUGGCAGGCCAGAAGUUGUUCCCAGACUGCAACAUUGUGGUCCUCUUUCUCCCCAUCUGCAUGUGAAUCUGUUAAAUCAGCUCAAAAUUAUGGAAACCGUGCUGUAUCAGCUUGUAUUCCCUCGGGCGGAGAUUUGCAUUUAAAUAGCUUUGUCAGAUCUGAGUCCGUGGGCUCAGAAUUUAGUACAAGUAAGAAAUUGGGAAGUAAUCUACACCAACAAGAGGAGAAGUUAAUGUCUGAUAGGGACCAUUAUUUAUGCAAGGAAAUAGACGGUAUCCCAGUCUUAUCUUUUCUUGGGGAAAUUUAUUCUCACUUGGGAUAUGAACAGCAGGAGAGUCAAGCUGCUGCGGGAGCAGGUUCUUCCAGUUAUCAAUCUAGUAGUAUUAUGCAACCUCCAUGUGAUUCUCUGCAUUUGAUACCAUAUGAGCAGCAGGCAUCUCUGUGCAAGGGGACAAUGCCUUCUUCAGAAUAUGCUGACAUAGUUGAGUUAAACCAAAUGAGCCCUGAGAGGAAUAGGAAGAAGGCAAAAUACACCAUCAAGAGUGAGGGUUGUAGACGUUGCAACUGUAAGAAAUCAAGAUGCUUGAAACUUUAUUGCGAGUGCUUCGCUGCUGGAAUUUAUUGUCUAGAUACUUGUUCAUGUGUAAAUUGCAUUAACAAGCCUGAAUAUGAGGACACAGUUCUCGAUAUGCGACAACAAACUGAAGCUCGUAAUCCUCUUGCUUUUGCUCCAAAAGUUGUCAAUAAUGCCACCAACUCUCCAGCAAAUAUGAUGGAAGAAGGAAAAUGGAUGAAAACAUCCUCAUCCAGGCACAAGAAAGGGUGCAACUGCAAGAAGUCAAAGUGUUCUAAAAAAUAUUGUGAAUGUUUUCAGGGUGGAGUUGGAUGCUGUAAUGGAUGCCGAUGUGAAGGAUGUUACAAUCCUUAUGGAAACAAAACAGAAACAAGUUACAGAAGAGCUGAAAGAUGGAAUAAUCCAUCUCGGGAGCAGCUGGAUACUUUGGAGAGUCAUAAUGAUUGCAUCAAAGCUGAGAGACCUAAUCAAUUCUCAUCAACAUGGGAAGAACUUGCUGAUAUAGGCCAUCUGACUCCACCAUCACAUUGUCUCUUAGGUGCAGUGGCCUCUUCAGGUUCUCUCAACAUAAGGGACUGUUCAAAACAAUUUCUAGGUCAAUCGCAACAAGAAAGCAGCGUCCUCUCACCAUCUGGCUACCUUAAUUGGCACCAUUCACCUAGUAGUCUUACUCCAAAAUUAUAUGGAUGUGAGGCUCUGCCUGAGCUCAGUUCUGACAGCUUUUUCUGUAACAUGAUGGAGGAUGCUACGCCUGAGACACUCAAGAACACCUGUACCCCCAGUACAGAGGGAGUGAAAUCUUGCUCACCUAAUCAGAAAUGGGUGUCUCCUCCAAAAAUUCGUUCACAUGAGUUAAGAUCAAGCUCGUCACAGGGGUUGAGAAGUGGAUGCAAAUUCAUUCUGCAGGAUUUGCCUUCUUUCCCUCCUCUUACUCCAUAUAGUAAGUCACAGGCUGCAAUCCAUCAAAAUGAUGGCGAUCAUAAAGCUAGCACUGGCUACCAAUGACUGGAAUAUGCUAAGUGUGGUAUGUGAUAACUUUGUUAUUUGGAUUUCCAUUGCAACAUGUCUGCAAAAUAUGGGUUUUUUCUUACUCGAAGCUGAAGCGAGUUGUGUACUGUCCUCCAGGAUAUAUUCCAAAUUAACUGCUCACAAGCUCAACCAUUUUGGCCAAGAAAUCUUGGAAGCAUAAUUUUCUCAAUA